AUGGAGUUACACCAGUUCUGUUUCCCUGUGCGAAAGCUGUCCAACGAGCUCGUGGAGCUGACACCUUUUUCGGCCCCGAAACAUGCUCCAGUGUUCUACAGCCUCUCGAGAGAACAUUCAGGGCUCUACGCUCACUACCCACAAGGCCCAUACGACAAUUAUGAAGAUUUUAUGACGUCGUUUGUUUGCGGUCUCCUCGCCCAGACUCAUGAAUGCCAGGCUUUUGCCAUCAUCGACAAGACAAAGACAGAAAAGUCCCUCAACAAAGUCGACGGCGAAGGCGCCUUGGCUGGAGUAAUUGCUUUCAUGGACGCUAAUCCUUCCUCGCGGUCCCUCACAAUCGGUACAUUGUUCACUCUACCAUCAUACCAGCGAACCCAUGUCACAAGCAACGCCGUGGGCCUGAUGCUCCAGCAUGCGCUCGAUGCACCAUCUGCUGGUGGUCUGGGGCUGAUCCGAGUGCAAUGGAGACUGGACUCACUCCAUGAAGGCUCCGCCCGGGUUGCCAAGAGAAUGGGGCUCAGGUGGGAAGGAACAGAGAUGUGGUUUCGUUUGAUCAAAGACGGAGUCGCUCGAGGCAAGGUGGGCAAUGGAAAGCCUCUACCUCCCGGCAGCGAGAAAGGAGAUGUCUGGCAAGACAAGACGACGGACAUCAGCGAUGACAUCAGAAGGGUAGCAGGAGGAGAUUACGGAAUCGUCCAGAAGCGGGAUCAUCGAGAUUGCAUCCUGACUGGAUGA